CCGAAAUUUCAAUCGGGAAAUAUCCAUCGGCGACGUCGUUUGAAGAAUAAACUGAAGCGCUGGGAAUCUCUGGAACGAUGAAGCUGUUCUUAUCCGUUUUCGUGGUGGCCCUGGUGGCCGGCAUCGUUGUUGCCGACGAUAACAAGGGACCCAAAGUGACCGAUAAGGUUUUCUUUGACAUCACCAUUGGCGGUGAGCCCGCUGGCCGCGUCGAGAUCGGUCUGUUCGGCAAGACGGUUCCCAAGACGGUCGAGAACUUCAAGGAGCUGGCGCUGAAGCCCCAAGGCGAAGGCUACAAGGGCAGCAAGUUCCACCGCAUCAUCAAGGACUUCAUGAUCCAGGGCGGUGACUUCACCAAGGGCGACGGCACCGGCGGACGCUCCAUCUACGGCGAGCGCUUCGAGGAUGAGAACUUCAAGCUGAAGCACUACGGCGCCGGCUGGUUGAGCAUGGCCAACGCUGGCAAGGACACCAACGGAUCGCAGUUCUUCAUCACCACCAAGCAGACCAGCUGGCUGGAUGGACGCCACGUCGUCUUCGGCAAGAUCCUGUCGGGCAUGAAUGUUGUGCGCCAGAUCGAGAACUCGGCCACCGAUGCCCGCGACCGUCCCGUCAAGGAUGUGGUCAUCGCCAACAGCGGCACCCUGCCCGUUUCGGAGGCCUUCUCCGUGGCCAAGGCCGAUGCCACCGACUAAACUGGUUUUGGGAGCAGUCCUUUCAUCCAUCAGCAACAUAACCGAUUUGAAUUAAGCAUAAACGCAUAAUCGAUUUUUCCAGACAUUUGCAUUUACCAUAGCUCGCCAUGUUUAUUUACAUUUCGUUCCGUAAGCAAGUAAUUGUGCUCAACUAAACAAAAAACAGAAAUGGCAUAAAUAAAGAAUGAAUUGUGUGUGAUAAA